AAAUCCAUUCCACAGAUGUCUGAUCAGAUAAAACAGCAGCUGUGGGUUUAUCAGACGGAAUUGACUAAGUAUGAGGGUGGUCCUCCCGUGGAUCCUGUAGGGAAGAGGAAGUACCUUAUUGAGGUGAUAAAACAGUUCAAUUACAAGAUUGAUCUGCUGUGCAGAGGGGAGCUGAAGAAUGAUGAAAAUCUAUUCAUUAACAUGCAAAACAUAUUUGCAAAAUGGUUUGAAAAGCUUGGACACUCCAGGGCAGGUUACCACAAAAUUACCCAAGAUGUGGUCAAUGAAUUUGAUCAGAAGCACAGAGGACGAGAACUUCCAGGUUUCAAUAACUACACUUUAUUUGAAAGUGUAGUUCAGAAACUGGUGGGGGAACUGAAACAUCCAGCUAUGGACACACUACAGAAAAUCAAAGAUCUGGUGCAGAAGCACUUUUUUGUUGUGUCCAAAAACAGCUUUGAGAAUUAUCCUUGCCUUCAGCGUUUUUCAAUGACCAACAUUGAUGCCAUCCAGAAACAGCAGUUAACCACUGUGAUGGACAGGAUCGAGGAGCAGUUUGAGAUGGAGAUGCAGAUGUACACACAGGAUGAAAUCUUUGCCCGAACACUGACGCCAGCACAGAAGGAAACCCCAGGGGAAACUGACUGCUCAGGUUAUGACACCAGGAGCAAGUACCCUGAACUCCUCAAUUCAUACUUUGAGAUCGUGGUGCAGCGACUGGCGGACCAGGUGCCCAUGCUGAUCCGUUACUUCAUCCUGAAGGAGUCAGCCAGGAUCCUGUCCAGUGAGAUGCUGGGCCUGCUGAACAGCGAUGACUUGGACGAGAUGCUGAAGGAGGAAUCAGAGAUUGGCCGGAAACGUGAAGCCUUGAGGGAAAAAGUCAAGCGUCUUGGACUGGCCAAUAACAAGAUCAGUAGCCUCUGGGAUCAGAGUGGUUGACAUUGUGAUGUAACCAACCAGGGCUGAAUAACUGUCCCACAAUCAUUUUACCUGCAAUUAAU